ACGAUUUCCCUUUUGUUGUCAUUUUCCUGCGCCGGUGAAAAACGCACGUUUUUCCCAUUUUCACCGACAUAAACAAAAGCUAUUUAUACACGAUCUGCCAAAUCGGAGAGGCAACCUAAGUGCGACAACAGAAUUCUUUGUCUUCCGAAUCCGAAUGCGUGCAGUGCGGUCUUCGUUCAUGUGGAUGUUGGCCAAAAAUAAGACGGCGACCAAUUAAAGCAGCAGCAGAAGAGGAAGACCACGAUUUAUUGGGCAAUUGUGGCCAAGAAUCCCAAUGGGGCAACUGCACGCUUGUAAACAAACGGUUAAGUCAGAUAGAAAGCUAUUUGUGCCAGGAACACUUCACACAUAUCUCGUAUCUUGCACAUCUUCUAGAUGAUUGCUUGCAAUCGGAUGCCAUCUGAAUGCAUAGAAGGAUCAAUGGGAUAACCACUUAGGAGAACGACAUUAUCAAACCAUCAUGAUUUAUGCCAUCAUUUAGAAGUUAUCAACUGAUCGGCGCGGUUAUUAUCUAAAUUGAAUGAAUCACACGGAAAUACUAAGAUACACGAAUUGCCAAGAAUUCGAGUGGGGUCAACAGUACAUAGAGGCGGCCACAAUUAAUUUGCACAACAAUGGACUGAUGCGAACAGUUGUUAGCCGAUGUCUGCCAAAAAAAAAAAUAGGUACAGCAAAAGGAAGGGCAGCCGCAGCAAGAACAACAAUCGCCAGAGCAGCAGCAACAAUUGCAAGAAGUGCAGCAAGUAUUGCAAGUGCAACACCAACAACUGCAACAAUUGCCAGAGGAACAGCAGCGACAGCAGCAACAACAGCAGCAGCAUGCCACUGUGCCAGCCCGGCCAUAUCAACAUUUCGGCUAGAAUUGUGCAAAUUGCCAGUGCGGCUAUCGCUGCGUAUACGUAAUAUUAAAAAUAGGCUAACGCCCGCCCAGGCUGCAGGAUGAACAAGCGCAGCGUCAUCAUCGCGGGAAUCGUGGCCAGCCUGUUGGGCUUGGCGCUCGGUGCCAACUUCUACUUUAUGUACUACCUCAGCGCCGAGGAGGGUCAUCUGGCCAGCGUCCGGGCGCUGGAGAACAUGAUACGGCACAAGAUGCGCCACCUAAAACCCAACUACCUCAAUCGCAAUCCCCGCUUCUUCAUGUUCCGCAACAAGCUGCUUAAGAACUACAAGGCGGCGCCGUACGAGAACGCCAGUGUCCUCUGGGACAUUGCGAACUGGUGGCCGCACGAAAACGAGGUCUAUCCCUUAUACGACUCAUCGAUGGGACAGCUUUUAGAAACACUGCGCCGCGAACCUAUCACCCGGGUGAGCAACCUGGGUCGGGGCACGCAACUGAAGCUCCUCGUCCGCCUUUCCCACCAGCAGAAGGUGAUCUUUAAGCCGCAAUGGUAUCCGCGGGAAGAGGUCAUCGAUGGCAUGAUAUACAGUGGCAAGGAUCGCCACACGGCGGAAGUAUAUGCCUUCUAUCUGGGCGCCGUGCUCGACUUUCGAUGGACGCCCAUAGUGGUGGGUCGAGUGGUGAACCUGAAGAAGGAGAUAUAUGCCAAAGGCGAUCCGGAACUCCAGCAAACCAUAAACAUCGAAACGGACGAGGAUGGCAGGGAGAAGUACUGCCUGUUCGGGAAGUGUCACUACUGCAACGAGGAGGAGACUGUUUGUGGCGAUGAGCGGCACAACAUUGAAGGUGUGCUCAUAUAUAUUGUUCCGGGUACGUUGGCUAAGCGGCGAUCACCGUGGCAACGCACCUACAAGGAUGACAAGCGGGCGCCCUGGGAGGACGAUAUGACCUAUUGCAAAUCGUUGAAAAAUAAAAUGGAGACCAUCCGCCUGCUGGACCUUAUAGAUGCGUCUAUUUUCGACUACCUAAUCCAAAAUGGAGAUCGGCAUCACUACGAGACGCGGGAAGAGCGCGUGGUGCUUAUAGACAAUGGAAAAGCCUUCGGAAACCCGAACAAGGAUCACUUGGACAUAUUGGCGCCACUCUACCAAUGCUGCCUUCUGCGAAAGUCCACGUGGGAUCGCCUGCAAGUCUUUUCCGGCGGCGUACUCACGGAAAUCAUCGAUCGACUAUCCAAGCAGGAUGCUCUCUAUCCCCUGAUUACGGAUAAGCAUAAAAAAGGAGUGGAGCGACGACUUCUGGUGGUCUAUGCUGUUGUGGAGCACUGCAUGGACAUCGAGGGCGACAAAAUGUUCAAAACUCUGUAGUUUCAGCUCAAGAUUGGGGCUAAUGGCCAGCACUAGAGCUUUAGGAACUCACUUUCCACAUCCUACUUAAGCUAAAGUUAGAUAGAGAAAUUAUCGUAUUAUUUUAGUCCAUGUUUUACUUCUGUAUUUCUUCCAAAUAUUUAAAUGCCCGAAACAGGUUUUUUCCUAUUUUAAAUUAAGUUCUUUUGUCCUUUCUUGUAUUGGUUUGAAUGCUAGAAAAGUUUUCGAAAAAUUGAGAUGCCAUCCAAUUAGGAAUUAAAUCAUACAAAAUUCGUUGUGACGAAAUAAGUUUGAAAUUUAAACCUAUUACCAUGACAUUUCCCACGUCCCAAUUAUUAUUUGGUUUUCCCAUAUUUUUUCAAUGACCAUCUCUUAAAACUGUUCUUAAAUAUUGAACUACAAACCGAUCCAUAACAACAUAUCCGAUAGUCUAGUUUAAUGAAUAGUUACGGUUGUUAUUUAAUAGGUAAUAUUUUAGAAAAUUGCAAAGCUCAGAAAAAAUAGUUUUGUAACUUGAAAAGAAUUUAUAAACAAUCAAAAAUAAACACUUGUUUAUUUCUUCAUCAGUUUC